CGGUAUCGUCGUCGCGACCCUCGACCAGUCGAAACAGGGUGAGCGCAGAAGAGACUGCUGGAGCAGCACUCGGAAAGAAUCAAUUUUUAAUGAGGCUCAAGAAAAGAUUUCAUUUCUACGAUUCAUUUCUCGCGGUUUCCUUCUUGGGAUUGCGAGAAAAUGGAGGCAAGAAAUGAAACGUUUUGAACUCUAAAGCAAGAGGUAGAAGCAAGGAAGCGCGAUUACUAUGGGAAUGGGAUAAAAAGUGGGAACAAGAAUAGCUAUAGCAGCUCGAACAAAGAUGUUCAAGAUGCCAGUCAUCAUCUAAAGAACACUUUCAAAACAAGUAGUGCUGCAUCUACGACGAAGCACUCAGAGAAAACUCAUUAUGAAUCCAGAACUGGCGUGUUGGCUAUAGCUAACCACGACCACAAUGACGCAUUUCCACCUCGUGAUCAAGCAGACGAUGAGGAUGAGGAUGACUGUGGUGCGACGGCGGAUUUGGAGGAGUCACGACCGCCACCAACACCGUUCGAGGAAUCCCCAGUACUACCAGCUUCCCCUGAUGCAGUAGCGCCUUCACUGCAGAACUGGAGUUUGGGCUCGUUCGUCUACGAGGUGUCUCCUGAAAAAGCGCCACCGUCGUCAGAUGGCGCGAAGAGAACUCCGGCGUCCGCUGCAUCCAGUAGAAAUAUUAAAGGCGAAGAGCUUAACGUAAGUGACCGGGUAGUGAAAACAACAACAACAACAACAUCUACUGGCUCUACCUCUACUACAAGUAAAAAUACAACCCGUGACCAUCAACAUCAUGUGCCGUCGUAUUCAAGUCGCCCGCCUGCGGUGAACAUCACGAAGCGCGAUGGCGCAGUCGUGAAUGUGAUUCCGUUGGGUCCGAUUCCCACUAGCACAAUGGCUGGAGGAGAGUGCCCCAUUUCGGCGACGGCGACAGCGCCAGCGCUGGGAGGACGCACAAACGUUAAGGGUGGGCUCCCCGUAAUCCAUCUUCAGAAGCAUCUUGGGCCCGUUUUCAAGUGAGAAGAGGCCCCAGGAUGGUCUUUAGCUUGGAUUUGGAUGAGCUCUAACAACAGCAGCAAGAAAACCAAAACAGGAGAUUCAGAUGGCAGUACAACUAGUAAAAGUAAAGCAAAGGGGGCACCAUCCCCGAACAAGAAGGUUGCGCGUCCUCGACGAAUAGUAGUGGAGUACGAAGCUCCUCCUCAAGCAAGUAAACGUGCGGAGAGUCGGGAGAAGCGUCAAAAACUGAAAGAGCAGUACUACUACGCAGCACGCGCUCGUCCUGCGGACGGUCACCAGAGGGAGAUUGCUGUAGCUGGAGCUGCUACUUUUAAGCAGAAGGUGUCGGCAGAACGAGGCGUGUCAAAAUCCUCAAAAGAUAAAGAUGUAGGAGUACCGCUAGCUGAUGAUGAUGUGCCUUUACCUGCGAACAACAACAGGAACAAGAAAGGUCGACCUUCCUCGGCAGUCGCAGCAUACAUAGAAGAGCGUGUGAAGAACGGGGAGGCUAUUGAUUCCAACGAAGUCGAGCGUAUAGUCCGCGCUCAAAUGUUUAGGGAGACUUCAUCUAACGAAGACCAGCAGAAGGCGAGAUGUGAAGUACAACUAGAUGCUGCUACUGAGCCUAUUGAUAAAAAACAUCAGGAGCAUGAUGUUCAGGAUUCUCCGAUUGAACCGGAAAAUGCUACGAGACAUGGACCUCCGCCGCCUCGUGCGUCUGCGGUUGCUAUUCCAGUUGUAGAUAUCGAUCCUGCAGAACAAGAAGAAGAAGCAGAUGACCACAUCAAGCAAGGUGAAGGGCGAGAACUCUUUCCAGCGGAACACGAUGUCGCAGUAGAAGAGGACGAGGACCGCUAUGAGAGAAGUGGCAGAGAGAAUCGUUCUGCUUCUAGUGAGUACAUUGCCGUUUUUCCGGAAGAAAUGUCCACGCAGGAGAUGGCGGCAGAGUCUGAAGAACAGGAAGAUCAGGAAGAUCAGGAGAUGAACUUGAACCAACAUCAAGAAGCGGGAGAAGAAGAUGAAGGCGGUGGAUCGAGGCGACAUUCUUUGCUACUGGAUGAGUCGAUUUCCUUUUCGGUCUCGCCUGCGGGCGCGGGUUCAGAAUGCGAAGGUGCUGAGGUGGGAGAGGGUGCUGGGCAGAGGACGGCUGCAGAUGGUAAAAAUUCCAACAAGGUGUAUAAUUUAUUUCAUCAAUCUUGCGCGCAGGAAGCCGCAGCCGCACUAGAAGAAAUGUACUAUCGUGGCUCAUCACAUGAACAUUACGGAAUGGGAAUGCAUUCGCAUGGCAUGCCGGUUUUUCUUUAUGCCAAGGAUGGUGAUGGAGCGGCUGGCGGUGUACAGCGGGAAGCCGGUGCUCCUGGUGAUCUUAGACGGGGGGACGAACAACCAGCUGUAACCCCUGCUCCGCUUGGUGUGCCGGAAGGUGAUUCCGCACCCGUAUUGUCCUCGAGUGCUGAGGUUCCGCUAACGUUCCAACGCGAGGACCAGGAACUACAAGAGGUAGUUCCAGCACCCCAAGAAGAGCAAGGGCUUCCUAGCGGAGAAGAACUAGCGAGACUGGAGGUGGAUGGUUUGAACAGGAGUGCUGCGACAGGAGCAUCGACUACAGGAGGUGCUGGAGGUGCACGACCCCUAGGGACAUCUGCUUCAGUAGGCCCUAUGGGUACUAUGGCAGGGACGUGCGGAACAUCAACGCGUAGAUCACCCAAAGUGUCUCUAAGGGCAGUGGUUGCGACCCCUCCAGUCGGUUGCUCUACGACAGGGAAGGUGUUUGCGAGCACGAUUCCGCAUUAUCAAGUCCAUAGUCCCGAUGACGACUUGCGAACUUGCAUAAUACGCGAUUACGUCAGCCGGGCAAGCAGUCCAGACACUCCAAGUUACAAAGGCAUUCCGCCUCCGGACCCACAUCUGAAUGACGAUCAGAACGUGUGUCGCGGUGGCACCAGUGGCUACUUUUGCUACUCGCCAAAGGCAGCGUCGGUCAAAAGGCACAAUCUGGAAGUAGCGGCGCAUCACAAGAGCCUUAUGAAUUCCCAUUGAUUCAGAUUAUCAGAGUAGUUUUGGAUGCGAUCGAGUUUUUCAGGAGAUGAGUUUGUUGUACUGGAAUCGUGUUUGUUCCUCUUUGUUUUGUCAGAAGAUGCAAGCAAGUACUCCAUAGGUGCGUCCAGUAAUAUGUCUGUGUUUACACUCACAUGAGCGAUAAGAAUCGACGGUCUUCAUCAAGAACACCAUGACCAUCUCCAUCACAGACAUAGAUCUUGUGUAUCGUACACGCUAAUGCGGAGGUCGAGUCCUCCAUUUCUGUACAAGAACGAGCCUCUGCGUUUGCGCCGCCUGACCGCAUGAGUUCGAUGUCGAUGGACGAGGCGAACAUAGAUCCUAUUAAGACUUCCGGAAAUCUCCCAUUUUGAGAAGCAUCUUGGACCUCCCGCGCAAGGAAGAAACGGGUCCAAGAUCAAGAUGACUUUCAAGAUGGACUCCCGGAAGGUCUAAUCCUAUGUCUAUGCGUGAGUCCUUUGCGACCUACGUUCCCGGGUCCUCGUUGUUGAGUGCUGUCCAGCCUCGGGACACGAACUACUGGUCCGACGAGCGCAGGCGACAGCCUCAGCGGCGCAGUGGUCUUGGAAGUAGUGGAGGUGGCGAUGGCGGUGACUCUUCAACAGACUGGACAGCGUACGGACGUGACGGGCAAUUGCUUAGUACAGCAGAGGCGAACGCGAAGCGCGACAAAGUUCGGCCAUCGCUGCAUUCGCGGUCUUCCGGGUCAGAACCGAAGAGGGUCGUGUCUAAGAAGGCGCCACCAUCGGAGGUUGGGAGAGCCAAGGCGGCGGCCGCGCGUGGGGCAACGGGUGUAAAGGCAGGACGUGACGCAUCACGGAGUCGUUCGGGGUCGCGAGAUCGGGAUGGUGCUGCUGCGGCUCAGCCUGGGGAGGGCGAAGAAGAGAAAGCUGCUGCAGCAGAUCCAAAGAAAGCGAGUGCUGCAAAAGCCAAGUCCUCGGAAAACAAGGCUACGUCCGCAGUGGCGAAGAAGGCUGGUUCUAAGGACGGCGCAAAGGCUGCUGCAGCUGACAAGAAGGCAACUGCGGCAAGCAAGAAAGCCGGAGCUGCGCCUCCGACGGCGCCGGCAACGAAAAAGGAAGCCUCGCCGGCCAAGGCCUCAGCAGGCACCAAAGCAACGCCUUCGGCAACGUCGGCUGUAGCGAAGAAAGCCGCUGGGGCUAAGGAGAGGCCAUCCACAGCGACUAGUUCGACGCCAUCGCCGAAAAAGUCUGCCUCUCCAGCGAAAAAAGCUGUUGGCGCACCUGCGGAAGAGCAGAGACCAAAGACUGCACCGGGAGCCGCUGCUCCGCCGAAAGCGAGUGGGGCAUCUACUGCAUCUACUUCGAGGGAAGCCGCAGCAAAGCAGAAAUCUGCAGCCAAGGUCGGCGCUGCUGCUGCUGCACCGAAGACCGGCGCCAAGGCGAGUGCGCCGAAAAGCACAGCAGUGACAACUGUUAAUAAGGCUGCUGCAGAAGGUGAGAAGGCGGCAACAGUGGCAUCGUCGGAAGCUCCACGCGGGCACAGACCGACGAAUCUGUACUAUCAUUUCGAACCUGAAGAACGAAUCGACGAAUCGGAAAUACGGAGAUCUUCAAUUACGUCGCAGCGCAGAACAGUUUCCUCUGGCCGCGAUACUGCUGCUAGCUUGCCGCUAGACGCAUCGGACGACAACGCGGAUCAUACGAUUAAGGCUAGAAGAAAUCCAUCCUCACAGGCAUCUUGGUCCCGUUUCUCAAGGGAAAAAAGACGGAAGAUGCCGCUCAAAAUGGGAGAUUUCUUCUAGCUCUAAUAAGAUAUUGGAUGAAUCGCAGAGUGCCAAGUUCAUGCUGGGUGGAGCCCAAAUCCCGGACCGAGUCGACAUUGCGUUAACCCGCUUCUUCGAGCACUACCCGCUUCCGUUUCUACAAUUAAGGGUAGGUUAAAGGUGCUUUUCUUACUGCUUUUUAUGCCUCUCUCAUCCUAAGGGGGAGAGAAAGGCAUAACAAGCGGGGGAACCCGCGAGCACCAAAAACCUAGUACCUCUAAGACAAGUCACCAAACUGCGAGCGAAUUGGUACUUUGUCCUGGACGUCACUGGAGGCUCAAAAGCACAAGGCAAAAAGGUUUUCGUAGACUUUCGCGGACAGCACAGUCUCAUCGUCAAGUCGUCAAGAGGUUUGGAAUCCUUGGAAAGCUUUUUCGCGGUGCAGCGGGUCAAGCACGAGCAAACUUUCCGUGGCACGUGGCCGGAAAUGAAAGGCACGCUGCUUCCCGGCUACGGCGCCAAGCUGCCACAGCCUCAGUUGCCUCCAGAUUAAGGCUACUGUUUAGACCCAUCCUCAGACAGCGUCAUCCCGCCUGGCUCCCUUUUCUUCUACUAGAAAACAGGCCAAGUUAGUAGGAUGCUACUAGGGAAGAUGCAAGUGCGACAGCUCUAACCGGAGAGGAAAACGGAGGCAUACAUGCCGUCGUCGCCGAAGCAGAAAGCCGACGAGGUGUUUCUCAAAGACUCACCAAAGGACGAGACGAAGAUGGCACCAGGAGACUUGCACCAGCAUCCGUACUUGCUACAAGCAAGAGACGGGAAAAUCGCGAAGUUGCCUCUCAUUCGAGGACAGAACGGGGUCCCGAUAACGGGUGCUAUGGAGAUGAGGCCAGCGCCGGCAUCUCCUCAAAGUGCCAAGGCGAAAAAGAUGUCGUUCUCGAACCGCCGGUCAACACAAGAGCUAGGAGAACAAAUACUGAUGGCGUACGACGAGGACUCGCAAUUUGAGCGGGAUGCAGCAGAAUUCUUCAACCCUGGUGGGACGACGACAACCACAGAGGUAGUACCACAACAACUCCUCAGCAAAAAGUGCAAAGGUAUCGGCAAAAAUGGUAGAGCAGGUAGAGCAACUACACCUACAGUUGGAGAUCCUUCUUCUACAGCUCCCGUUCUUGGGAGCGGUGUCGCCGCAGCGCAAGGUCGUGCGCGCAGGGAAACAGGAGUGAUAUUGUUGGCUUCUGAAGAGGUUGCCGAAGGCGAAGCGGCCACCGGGAUGAGAAUUUCUACUGGCAGCUCCAUCUCAAGAGGAAGCGUCCUUUCGAUGCCUCCUCCACCAGACGAGGAAGCAGUAACUCAAGCAGCAAGCGUGCCUCCGACAAAGAGGAUGGAAACUGCAACUCGACCAGCCCAAAACUCAAACCCACAGGAACCGGGACGGCGCGGUAGUUUUUAAGGCGGCUCACUAUCGCUAUUUUAGAUAAAUACCACUUCAGUUGACAAGGAUUUCAGAGAAGACGAAGAUUUUCCACAAUUACAGGGUUCGCUACUUGAGUGACUUGUUCAAGAUGAGUCAACAUAUGAUUGGCGCUAAAGAAGCGCAGCGGGCGGUGUCGAUGAGGUUAUCCAAAAGCUAGAAAAAGGACGCGGCGCCGCAACGGGCGUUGUCGUUGAGUCAGCAUCGCCACCAAUACUAGGGGAGGUGCCAGACUCGCCGGGGAGUGCCAGCGGUAGUGGACAUGGCGGUGACAGCGGGGAGGCGUCAGUAGCAGGGUCGUUGGGUAGACCAGAGGAUGAUGGCAAGGUUAAAAUAGAGGAAGGGACUUACGACGGAGGGGAUCUGGUAGACGAGGCAGCGCGUCGGGUUGCAGGUGGGAAAUCUGCAUCUUCUUCAAAGAGAAACAAAGAUCGUGUCACCAAUCUUAAAGGGGCAUCAGAGCCGUCAAAAUCAUCGACUUCAGAAGACCAGUCGAACACUCCUCCAACGUCUUCAGGUGGACCCGCAAGAGGGCCUAAGAAAACAAGUUCUACAGGGGCAAGAGAAGUAGAGGAGGAGAAAGUGUUGAGCCAAGAUCAGGAGGAGACACGGCGCGCUGCGUACAAGAGUGUAGUGGGUGAUCUGGAGCAACUAGAGGCAGUAUGGGAAGUUGAACAUGUCGCAAAGCUCAUGGCUGACGCGUCAUCUUCGUCUUCAGAGUCGAUCAACAGUGAGACGAACAAGAACAUACCAGUCGGAGGAGGAGGAGCCUCUUCCUCAAAUAACAACUUUUACUUUUUUGCCGACGGCGCGCGGGCGGUGUCGUCCUCACUAGGCGGUGGUUUGCAAGAGGCCGAGGACAAAAAGAUGAGUAGUGCAGGCGAAGGAGGUCUGUCUGGGCCUACUUCUGGACAGUUCGAAACUCCAAGAAGCAAACCUGAGGAGGCAGAAGAUGCUGUGGUCGUCGAAGGCCAGCUGCAAGGGGCGGCGAUGCUAGCACUCAGUUUUGAUGGUGUUGCUGGAGACGAAGGCAGACCAGCGAACGAGUCAGCGUUGCAUCCAAGUCCAGAGAAACUCUCUCCAGCAAAGAGGCACGAAAAAAAUGUGGAAAGCAGAAUGGUGAACAUCAAGACCACUCAAAUAGAAACAUCUGGUGGUGCUGAACAAGACGCACCAGCCGACCUUAGCCGUUCUCAAAAAAGUACAACUGGUAGUCGAGGAGCUUCUGCUGGUUCUGUUACUGCUGUUUCUAGUACUAGAGCUUCCGGGAAGAACCACGUGAACGAUAAUAGGCAAAAGGGCACCAGCACUCACCUGUAUUAUGUGGAGAAUUCGUACUCGCGACGGGACCUUCAGGACAGCGAGUCUCAUGAGCAAGUGGCUGCUCCCCCCGAGGUAGAUCACCUUGCUGGCUACGAUGAAUUCGCUGACAUGACCGAAGACCACAACACUCAGGAAGAAAUCACUAGUGGAGGACGACUGAAGCAGCGGAGUGCGUCUGCGGAUAGUGGUUCUUGCUCCUCUGCAUCGAUCGAGGAAGUCCAUGUAGAUCUAGAUGACAACGUAGCCAGAGGAACAGCGGCAUCAGCGCCUCGACCACCUUCUUCGGCUGGGCGUCCACCACUUCCGGAGGCCAGUACUUCUAGAGGCGGCUCUGCAAUAGGCACGAGAACAAGUAGAGAAGCGUCGAGCACUAGUGCUGGUGCUGCUGUAGCUACGAAUGCAAGCUCAAGCAGUGCAGUACCGAUAAGCGCUAGUGUAACCCACCGAUCAAAGCAACAUGUAGUGGAGCAGGAGCAAGGAGUAGAACAAGUUCACGAUCAGCUUCAGCAGUCCUAUGAUGCUCGUACCAGUGCCAGGCGAGAAGGACGGCGUGGUAGUCAUAGCUCCGCUGCUUCCUCAUCUAUCCGCUCUGUUUCUGAGUAUGGUGGUCGAGCUUCAUCCCAUACAUCUUUGCACAGCAACAAGCCUCUGUAUGAUCGUCGCAGUCCCUUUUGCGAUGAGCGGAAUUAUGGUGGCAGCAUGGUCUGUAGUCGGGAGGCAAGGACUGGAUCAGAUCGCCAAGACUUUACGAGUCGCAGUCGCUUUGUAAUGGGUGGCGCUGAACCUGGACCCAAAGCUCCGAUAAGAGGGGGUCGUGUGCGCAGUAGCAGCCAGUCAGGCCCUCGGAAACCAGCUUUGCAAGCGCAAAAACCUCCGCCAUUGACACACUCGGCAAGUACUACACACGCGCCGCAGGUGGCAGAGCAUUACUACACAGGUACGACAGGAGGUGCAGCGUCUUCUACUUGUAAGGAUUGGAAGUUGACCUCUCUGUGAUCAUAUCCAGGCCUAUUCCAAGAAGAAUAGGCAUUUAGAUAUGCUAGAAGAUAGAAGAUAGGCCAAGAUCCAAGCCCUCCUCCUAACACUUCGGGAAAUGAUCGGCGUGUUGGCAAUGGCGCGGGAACCAGUAGUCUUCGUUUAGCAACAACGUCAUCUUCCAGGAAUAAUAGCAAGAAUUCGUCCAAAAGUAGUCGUCGACACGACGAGAGGCACCGUUCUGCAUCUGCAGGACCAGGCGCUGGGUUUUGGAGGGUACUAGUUUUUCAGAGUUUGCAUUAUAGGAUCCAUCUUGGUAAGUUGUUUCUUUGUCGUUUGGCAUGGAUGUGUCCUUCAUCAUUGUCAUAUUUUUGACUUUUCAUUAAGUCAAAUGCAAAUGGAGCAAGUUAUCAAUCUCGCAUUUCAGGACGAGAAUUCAGCGGGUUAUAGCCAUAGGAAUAAGCUUCGAAAGGUCGAAAUCAUGGACGGUUCUCCCCACCUUUUUGUGCGCGAUUAUGUGGGAGAGACUACCACAGAUGGGGAAAGCGAGAAUAUUAAAGGUCCAUCCGCUGCCGACGAUCAGCGAGGUAAGUACACUACUGAGCAGGAAAGGAUGAUCGUACAAGAACUCCUGUAUGGGGGACCAGAGGACUCAAACAAAGGACGCAACUCUGUCAAAGCAACACCGCAAAAGCCGAAGGUAUUUAUUAAGAUAUCGUUAUAAAUAUCAAUUUUUAGUUGAAAAGUACUUAAGAAUCUAAAUCAUGUUGCACUUGCCAUCGCGAAAAGGACCUGAAUUUGUAUCUAUCUACUUAUAUAUACGCAAGAAGAUCCUCAGGCCGCUCCAACUGUAGUCGAUGACGAGAAGCUUCGGGAGAAACUUCGAGAGCUUCCUUUUUCGGUGCACCACGAAAUCAAGGAGGAAAAGUUAGCUUUGUCCCCCAAGGCUGACUUCCGUGGCCGUGUGCAUUCACCCGAUGAGAUUAUCCGCGAAAUCAAUAGUAGAGGUAGCUUGCGCAAGGGAGGCCUUAGUAACAAGGGACGUGUUGGUUAUGCAGUCUGUGGGAAAUGCAUCUCCAAAGUCAUCUGGGAGAAGAAGACAAGAGGGAAGAAGCACGUCCACGUCCUAGAUGAUCCCUGAGAUGCAUUUCCUACACCUUUAAGCUGAGGCAGGUACCACGUCAACCGCGUCGCGACGAGUUGCAUCAGCCACACAUAAUCCUGCGGUCCAGGCGAGCGGGACCAACACGAUUGGCCACUAUCACACACACCACGCAGCAAAUUCCAUACAGGAAGAUGCGUUGGCACGAAGCGCUGCUGGCAAGUCACCGAUCCGAGGUGGACAGGCUCGAGGCGUCACAAACGGAGCACUAGGAAACUUCCCCUUCAGGAUAAAGGUACCUCUAAGUACAGCUUCUUGUAGUACUUACAAGUAUGUUGUUUGUUGAAGUUUCUGCAAGUAUGUAGACCCAUUUUUAGAUCAAUUAUGAAUUUACCAUCUCCAUGAUUCAUUUAUACCAGUGAAUGGAUCCGAAACACCCUCCACUAGGAAACUCCUACGUUUUCGCAGCGGGGUCGCGGAUACAUGGGGUCUCCUGGAUUGUCAAGUAAUUCCGUUCGAGCGCUCUCGCCACAGGCGAAGCAUGGCAUGGAUUCGACUCAUCAGCAUCUUGCUCGCAGGUUCCAGAUGGACGACGACGAGUUUGCUUCCACCAUCAACGACGCAAUGAAAGAGGCGGCGAAAAAAGCCUUGACUUAUCACAUGGAUUUUCAGGUAUUGAUCAUUCCUUCGAUUCAUGUUCAUGAUUUCUAGAUCAUUGGUGUGUAUUCGUCGUAUAAUUGACUAAUCCAUCAAAGAACCCCAUAGGACCAGCGGAAGCCUAGAUUGCAUGAGCCAUGGAAGAUGUGUAGUUGUGAAUACACCUAGUUUUAUUCAGCUUCUUCUGAAUCAUUUUGUCGCUCGCUUAAUACGCUGUUCUUAUCCCAUGGUGAUGAAUUUUUCAGACUGGGAAGCCGGGUUCUCCUGAAGAAGAUUCUAUUGCUAGAAGGCUAGGCCUAGGCACGGCGAACGACAACAUUAUGCAUGGAUGACUGAUGUGCUGAAAUCGCUGCUAUCUGAUAAGUUGCACCAAGAAGAUGAACAUGAAGUAGAUGACCAUGACGGUAAAGAAGUAAGUAGAUGAAUCCAGUAGGACUAGACUCCGAAGGUGUUGAUGACGGUCACGGUCGUAGAAAUUUUUUGAGUCUUCUACUUGCAUCACCUGAUUUUCACACUCUAAUAAAUGUGAAGAAUACCUCCAUUCGCGGACGCGAGAAAUUUACCAGCAGUACUGUGUGUUGCGACCGCGACCAGAAGAUUCAGGCCACCUACAAGACGCUAUCGAGCAUGGAAGAGGUGCGGUUGGAGGAGAAAGUCGAUUUCGUGUGAAAAGAUCAAAUCUCCAGGCAGCAGUAGGAGGUCCAUUGUCUUCUGCAGCUUCCGGAGGGCCUGCUUCAAUGAGGAAUGCCGUAGAUCCUGGAGCUAGUUAUGCUGGAAAUUUUACGUUCCCUCCACCGUCAGCCUCUGACGUGGUCCUUGAUGGCAGUGUAAAUCUGCACGCUGCACAGUUGCUGUCGCAUGGGCCCAGUCAGGGGCAAUACGAUAGGCACGUGGCGAAACGCUUUCCAGGCCAGCUGCUGGGUACGAGUGGUGCAGGCACAGGAUUUCAUCCGGAUCAGCACAUUCCCGCAGCGAUACGACCAGAAGAUGAAGCGGUAGAAAAACUGCAAUUUCCAUUUCGAUCUCCGAGAAAGUUGUACCAUGAUCGUAAGGAAGACGAAGAACUAGUAAGACUCGCGCUUUUUGUUUCUGUUUCUUUGGGAGAUUGAUACUUCCUGAGAGAUUGAGAUUUGUCAUCUUUUACACGUGAAUCAUGAUUCAUAAUUGUCCAUCGAAGAACAUGAUUGAUGAUUCAUAUCUUCGCACUUCUAUCUCCAGGCAUUCGUCGCUGGAGCCGCAGGCUAUGUCGACUACUAUGACCAAGGGGCGAUGGCGAGCGUGGGUAGCCAUCAACAUCACGCAUCCGCCUACAUGGUGCAUCAGAACAUGCCUAUGUUGAACCAGCAGCUUCAACACGAGCGCUCGUGAUUGGGUAAAUAAUGGGAGAAGAGACAAGCCGGCGGCAACGCGUGCUACAGUUUUUUCUACUUCACAUUUUCUUGAGUUUUUCCUUGAUGAGUUCUGCAGAUCGAUGGAGAAACUCAAACCAAACACUUCAUUUUUAAAAAAAUGCCAAUAACAGUUUAUUCUACUACGGCUCGUCUGCUUACCCAGUAGCGACCGUAGCUUUGUACAGGUGGAAAUCUGAACAGCUUUUCAAAUGUAACGGUGAAUAUCCAAAUAAAGUAACAUGAACACCUGUGACAUUAGGUUCGAAUUUUCCAGUGGAUACAAAGAAUUAUAUGCUCGUCUUUUAUUAAUUUACAUUCGGCAAACUAACAAGUAACUGAAAAUGAUUCCAUUCAUUAGCAAAGUGGCAGAUCACCAUUCGGCAGAACUACAUACGAGAUGUUGCAUACUCAAGAAGACGAUUUUACGAGAUUUCUAGCACUAAAUAAGGUCACGGGAGAGCAAGAGUACAACAUUAGCAAUUUGCACAGAGGAAAUACAUGGACAGGAAGGAUAUCGCGUACUUUCCCUUCACCAUCUUUCUACAUCUAUUCUUUGGGGGGAUUUUUCGAGGUGAUUUUUAGAGAUGGUUUCUCGAAGGAGCUGGGGGAACUCCAAGGCUGGAGUUCGAGUUUAAGUAUUUUGAUUGAACCUUUCCAGAUGGUGAUCGAUGGCAUUGCAUAUACUGACAUAAUCACCCUUUUACAAUAUUGUUCUGGCACGAUGCACAUGCUGUCAUGAUGCAAUCUCCAAAACAAACUAGGAUACGACAAAUACGAGCUCCCCAUGCUCCUUCUGGGUCAAGAACAU